AUGGGUCUGAGCUUAUGUAAACAGAAAGGAUACAAGAAUGCGAGAAUUAAUGCUAAGCAAGUUAUCUCACUGGCCAGACACUUCUUAAAAGGGCAAAGGGAACUUAUUGCAGGCUUCAAUUUGUUCUUGCCCCGAGGAUAUGAGAUUUCUGAUCCACUCGAGGAUGAUGCAUUUGUAAGGGAAAUGGAACCCCAUUUAGAAGACGCGCAUAAAUUCAUUAAUAAUGUCAAGGAACAGUUGAAUGCUGAAGAUUAUGCUUACUUCUUGAAGCUUCUCCGUGAACAUGGAGAUACGAGAAAUAGUAUUGAGGAUUUAUGCUCAGAGAUUGGCAUUCUUUUCAGUGGUGAGCCAAAUCUGUUGCAAGAGUUUAACUCCUUUUUACCUGCCUUCAAAGCCAAUGAUCACUGA